UAUAUCCUCGACCCCCCAUCGCUCGGGCGCACCACGCUCUCGUUAUGCGCCGUGCCGCGGCCCGAGCAGCAGCAACGCACUGCUUCACCUCCAAUCAAUUCGGCGCUCCUCUCUCUCAUCCUCCCCUCCCACACUCCGCCAGUGUGAUAUCCCAUCCUCCAGCUCCGCCACCAGCUUCUCCUCCGAACGAUUCUGGCUGUUUCGACGAGUACCUGAUCCUCCUCCGCUCCUUCGUCAGCCGGAGGGAAGUCGAGUCAGGGAAGCAGCUUCACGCUCGUCUCGUCCUCUCCGGCCUCGGUCACCACGCUGUCUUGGCUACCAAACUCGUCAACCUCUAUUCCAUUUGCGACCAUUUGCACUAUGCCCACCGGCUGUUCGAUAGAAUUCCUAAGAGCAAUAUCUUCCUCUGGAAUAUCCUCAUUCGAGCUUACGCUUGGAAUGGGCCGCAUGAAGUCGCCCUAUCACUCUACUACCAGAUGCUUGACUUUGGCCUGGCGCCCGACAAUUUCACGUUCCCCUUCGUGCUCAAGGCUUGCUCCGCCCUCUCCAAUCUCGGCGCUGGGCGGGAUAUCCACGACCUCGUCGUUCGCACGCGGUGGGAAUCCGACGUCUUCGUAGCUGCUGCCCUGAUCGACAUGUACGCCAAGUGUAGCUGCGUCGAUGAUGCGCGAGGAGUUUUUGACAGAGUGCUUGACCGGGAUGUAGUGCUUUGGAACUCCAUGAUCGCCGCCUACGCCCAGAACGGCCAUCCGUCUGAAGCGCUUCAGUUGUGCCAUGACAUGGUAGCUCGUGACUUCAAGCCCACUCUCGCGACCGUCGUAACUGUCAUCUCUGCUGCCGCCAAUGCUGCGGCCCUGCCCAGAGGGAGGGAAAUUCACGGGUUCGGCUGGCGGCGGGGGUUUGACGAUGAAGACAAGGUGAAGACGGCUCUUGUGGACAUGUACGCCAAGAGCGGCUGGGUCAAGGUUGCCCGCGUGCUCUUCGAGCAGCUGGCUGAGAAAACGAUAGUCUCCUGGAACUCCAUGAUUUGCGGAUAUGCUAUGCACGGCCACGCCGAUUAUGCCCUUUCCCUAUUCGACAAAAUGUGUAAACAGAAUCAGGUGCCUCCGGACUACAUCACUUUUGUCGGCGCCCUCUCAGCAUGCAACCAUGGCGGCUUGGUGGAUGAAGGUAGAGCCUUAUUCGACUUAAUGGUGAGAGAUUACUGCAUCCCCGCGAAGGUGCAACACUACACUUGCAUGAUUGAUCUCCUUGGCCAUGCCGGCAGAUUACAUGAAGCGCACAACCUUAUUCAACAGAUGGAAACAGAACCAGACUCUGGAGUCUGGGGUGCUCUGCUGAAUGCUUGCAAGAUCCAUAGAAAUGUGAAACUAGGAGAGCUAGCUUUGCAAAAGCUCAUUGAAUUGGAGCCCGAUGAUGCCGGCAAUUAUGUACUUUUAUCAAACAUUUAUGCUCAAUCUGGGAAGUGGCAGGAAGCUGCUGAGAUAAGGAAGCAGAUGGCUAAUAGAGGACUAAAGAAAAGCAUUGGAUGUAGCUGGAUUGAAGUGAAGAACCAAGUUCAUGCAUUCCUUGUUGGAGAUGUAUCACACCCUAGCUCAGAGGAGAUAUAUGCUGAGCUCGUAAGGUUGGAAGGGCUCAUGGCACAAGCUGGAUAUGUGCCAGACACAAUGCCAAUCUUCCAUGACGUCUCUGACGAUGAGAAGAGAGACAUAGUUCGCAGCCACAGCGAGAGGCUAGCCAUUGCCUUUGGGCUAAUCAACACACCUGCAAAGACCAGACUCAUGGUGACUAAGAAUCUCAGGGUGUGCGAGGACUGCCACACUGUCAUCAAAUUCAUCUCAAAGAUUGCUGAUAGAGAAAUAGUUAUCAGAGAUGUCAACCGAUACCAUCAUUUCAAGGAUGGUGAGUGUUCUUGCCGAGAUUAUUGGUAGCCAAAAUUAUACACAAUAAAAGUUUAUGGUGAUUGGAGACUACUGCAACAUUGCUUGUUAGACAUGCCCUGUUUUUGCACCAGUAAGCUUAUCGUGAUCAAACAUGAGAUAGAUGUUCACUAAACUGGAUCAAAUUCAAACAAACUUGUUCUGCAGCAAGGUCGUGAUGCAGUGCCUCCUAUUCAGGGUACGAUUGCACCAGUCUCCAUGGUUGAUUGUGUCGCUUUUGAUAUUGAUAUUUGCGGUUAGGCAUCUGGUUAGUUGCAAUAUGGGUGGAUUAUUGGAAUAAAUAAUACCUCACAUAUUAUCAACUUUUAUGUCACUAAAAUAUACCAAAAUAGAACUAAUACAUUAUCGAUACAUGUAUCGUGUGUAGUUUAUCUCCUCACUUGGCAUGGGGAGCUGAAGUAUUCUCAUCCUCCAUCAGUAUUCAUGAUAUGAUCUUAGAUGGAAGCAUCCACCUAGUACAUGUUGAACUGGUUGAAUGAUAUGUGAUAUAUUUUAUUGUUAUGUAUAUGUGUUUGUUUUAUGAUCCUCACGUACAUUUAAAACAUUUGUUUACUUCUAUUAUCUUUUUGUUGUCGUAGUUGUUGUAUGUAAUGUGAUCUUCCAUUUUCUAAAAUUUAAAAAUGUAUUCAAGCAAAACAAUUUUUUUUAUAUUUUUAAAUUUGCAACAGCAUCUGCUGCAAAAGGCCAUUUGUGAGUAA